AUGCGCGCCUGGGCACCGCGGGCGCUGACGGCGCUGUGCGUCCUGCGGCACCUGGCAGGUCACGCUCAUCUUCCCACUCCUCAAAACGUUACRCUGUUAUCGAAGGGCUUUGAUAUGAUCUUGACGUGGAUGCCAGGAGAAGGAUCCCCGCCGGACGUGACCUACACGGUGAGAUGUGAGAGCCAGGAUCGCAUGGGCAAAUGGAUAAAGGUCCCUCACUGCAAAAACAUUCCUAGCACAUCCUGCAACCUGACCUGUGCGCUUCCAGACUUCUUCAUUAAAUUCCGUGCUCGAGUCAAAGCCACUGUCGGAGGGCUCCAGUCGCCAUGGGUGGAAUCGGAGUUCAGGGAAUACCACCUGGAUGUGGAGCUGGCUCCCCCCGGGCUUGACGUGAGUGUCCGGGAGACCCUCCUUCUUGUGAACGCCUCCUUCCCUCUGGCCACCUGCGUGGAGACUUUCCACUGGAUGUACGACUUGGACCUUUGGGAAGCUGGGUCGGAAAAGAAGAAGCGAUAUGAAAAUAUUUUUAGAAAGAAUACGCUGAAACUCGACACGACUGCGCUCAGCGGCAAUUACUGCCUGAGUGCCAGGUCUUCCUUCCAGAGCAUUGACUUCAAGCACAGCAAGUUCUCGCAGCCUGUGUGUGUGCUCCUGAACCACAGAGCAGCAGGGUGGAAGUUCCCAUUUCUGKCCAUGACGCCUGCAUUUGUCCUCCCCAUCCUUCUCACGGGCGUCCUCAUCACAUGUCUGCUGAAGCAGGGUGCAGGACCAUCAAAGACACCUCCUGCUUUGGAUUUCUCCCAUUUCACUGGAGCUGCUGGAACAGCCUUUCAGUGCGAGCUCAGCGAGGAGGAGCUCCCUGGGGAGCUGAUCUGCACGGAGAGGCCAGUAUCCCAAGGGAGCACCACCAGAACCAGGGCAAGGAGCAACCUGCCAUGGAGGGUUUCUUUCCUCUCAUCAUCAUCAGAAGAGGAGGAGGAGGAAGAGGAGGGAGACAGUGGUACUUUCAUCCACUACACUAAAAUGUCCAAGUUCCCAAGGAAAAGUCCCAAGCAGCAGCUGUCCAGAACAGCUCAGGGGGAAAGCAGCUCGGACUCUGGAUCUGGAGGACYCUGUGUAGACGACAGAUCUGUGCUUGACCUAACGUCCUUGGGUUUCUCUUUCCUUCCAACGGGAAAGGAGGAGGUGUACACCGCGGGAUGCCAAGGAAGCGCAAACACCUCCCUCUUCUGCAGGCCCUCUUUGGGAAGYGUGUGCCUCGACGACGGGAGCCAUCCAGGUCCCGGGGGACCAGGACACGGUGAYAGAGACAGGGCUGAACACGUGGAAACGAGCCCUCAAACGCUGACGGAGGAACKUGGUGUCAAACCUCAGCCUGCCGAGCAGUUCCCGCAUGGGAAGGACCAUCACUUCAGUGAGCGGCAGCCGAAGCGAAGCGCUGGCGGGGCCGGCCUGGGCACCAAGGAUCCGCAGCUCGGCGAGGGGCCGCACGAGGAGCAGCUCAUUUGCCUUCGGACACUGCAGGUGGCGGAGGACGAGGGCAUCGCGAGUGACUGUGACAGCGAUAGUUUCACGGAAGGGACGCCUCCCGCAUGCACUGCGCUGAGCRAUGCGGGUGGGACUUCAAAUGUGGRGGAAAACUAUGGUCAAAAGCUUCAAUUGAAAGGUGCUCAGCACAUACAUUACAUGGCGAGGAGCUAG